ACUGAAUUAGCAUCAAAAUGGUGGCAUAGAGAGAGAGAGAGAGAGAGAGAGAGAGGAUAAGGGUUUGCGUGAAGGGCUUCGCCGAUCGAUCGCCAGAAUCGAUGAGUAUGUGGUUUUUCCGGCGGCUAUCAUAUGGAGGUUGGUGGUUUUAAGGGAGGACGUCAGGAAGCUAGAUGCUACUUUUCCGAUCCGUGUCUGGUUGGGCCGCGCUCUUCCUCGCCUCCAUGGGAGGUUGCCUUGAAUGUUGUACCAAGUCUACUCCAACUAUCGCUGUUGAUGAGCCUUCAAGGGGUUUGAAAAUCCAAGGCCGAACAGUGAAGAAACCUAAUGUGACUGAAGAAUUCUGGAGCACAAGCACGCUUGAUUUGGAAAACAGUGGAGUUCAAUCACAAAGAAGCAUGUCUUCAAUUAGCACCUUGGCACCAGCCUCCCUUGAUCACCAUGGAAUAGGAAGCACAAGCAACUCUCUGGAAUUUGUAAAUCAUGGUCUUGUUUUAUGGAAUCAAACAAGACAGCAAUGGAUUGGAGACGCAAGGCCUGCUGUCCAACGACAGCGAGCUCAAGAUCCAAGGUUAAGAUGGAAUGCAACAUAUGAUAAUUUACUUGGGAGCAAUAAGCCAUUUCCACGGCCCAUCCCUCUCUCGGAAAUGAUACAUUUUCUUGCAGACGAGUGGGACCAGGAGGGUUUGUAUGAUUGAUAAACCACAACAAGGUUAGCUGUUGAAGCUAUGCAAAAUGUGAUGGUUGAUUAUUGUUGAUCUGAUUUUAUCAGUGUAAAGUUAUUGAUUACCCAGAGAAGAAUGGUUUUCACUAUCAGAAAUCUUUUAACAGUGAUGUUGCGAGAGCAUAUGUUUUCUAGUAUUGCUCAGUUAAUUAGUUUCAAGUGUGGUUGCAGAUUCUCUCGGUCAUUAAGAUAUCACAAAUUAGGUAAAACUCAAACCUUGGUGGUUAAAAUAUGUGUAAUGUUUGAAGUUCA